AGAAUCCAUUCGUCCCACUAACGCGAAUGCACCAUAACUUCGCAACCCGGGGAAAUCAAAUGUGCUUUCAUGUUGCACAAACUGGCCAAAACAACCCGUGGAGUUUGUCCGCGGAAAUACAUAACGGGCCAGCUGUAACAAGACGCUACUAACAUGUGCAGCUACAGUGACUCCACCAGUGAUCUAGACGAGGAGCUGCCUGUGUUCGACUUCCUCCAGCCUGGUCGUGGCCUGGGCCAAAGCUCGAAGGGCCACACAGAGAAACCGGACAUGGCUGAUGCAGAAGAGGCAGCCCGCUUCACUUCAGUGAAGGACAAUGCAAGAGCACAUAUGGGGAAGGCUGAUGUGAUGAUGAUCAGCAGCGAUUCUGAGGAGGACGCACCUCAUGUCCCCCUGGCACAGAGACUCAAACAGAGACGAGACAACGCCAUCAGUGCCUCCUCCGCGGUCACUAAUGGGGGAGAUGCUGGGCAGAAGUCCCCAUCCAGUCUGGCCACUUUACAGCUCCCCUGCCAGAAUGGGCUGCCAAAAUCAGAGCCCCCGCUCGGCUACCGUCAGGUGAGCCACGGUGCCUCGGGCGGCCCAGAGGAGGCGGCAGAUCUCCCUCGGCGGUGGCCGUCUACGAAUCCACCCCGCAGUGUGGUGGGGAGCGCUGACGCCACUCCUACGCAGGGGAAACCUGCCAAGCGGACGGCGGAGGAGAUGCAGGGCUCCAGGGAGGAGGCUCUGAGGAGGAGGCAAGCCAGGGAGAGACGGCAGGGGGACAAGGAGGUGCUCCGGCUGGAGCAGGAGAGACUGAAAGCUGAGAGGAAAGCGUUGGCAGAGGCUGCCAAGGCCCUGAGGCCGGAGGAGUGUAUCAAGCACAUGGUGGUGGCCGUGGACCCAGCCCUCUUGCAGCUGGAGGGGGGCGGGACUCUGCUGGCGUCUGUGCAGGCUCUGGGUUGCAGUUGCGCCAUAGAGAAACAACCCCUCCCACGCAGUGUCAGUUGGAUGAGGAGGGUCCCCUGUGCACAGCCAGAUGAUGGAGUGUGUGAACCAGAGGCUUGCGUUGUGAUGCAGAUGACCGUUGACGACUUCAGCUCCCUGAUCCAUAGCUACAUUCAGGAAGAGAGGCAUGGCGGGUCAGACUCUGGUCCGACACUGACGUCGUGGGUGCAACAGAGGCAGGGGUGCAACCCCGGGAAGAACCUCAGCCUGGUGGUCAUCGACAUGGAGAAAUACUUCAGAUCCAAGAAGUCGCAAAGCCAGAAGAGGUUGCGAGUGGCUGUCGCAAAUGAGGAGCAAGGGGGAGGAAAAGCGAGGAAGAGAAGGAAGAACGGCGGAGCCGAGGCGCUUCCUGAGGUGUCACGAGUUGAAGUGGAAGAGGCACUUGUACAUCUGCAGCUUCACACCGGUGUCUCUGUCCGCUUCUUGCCAACCUGGAAAGACUUCUCGGAUUACAUCACCAUGACAACCAAAGCGGUCGCAGAGGCCCCUUUCAAGCGAGAGAGGGAGAAGACGGGCUUCUCUUUUUACCUGGAGAGUGAGUGGGCGGGGGGACAGCGGGUAGAUAAAGCUGGUAAGGGCCUGCUGCAGGUGUGGAAGAGACAGAUCCAACAGUUCAACAGAGUCAGCCCAGACAUGGCUGCAGCCAUCCUGGCAGCUUACCCCUCCCCACAGCUGCUCAAGAAGGCUUACGGUCUGUGCAAGACCGACCGUGAGAAGCUCUCUCUGCUGUCUGACCUACUGAUCCGUAGAGGAGAAGGCGUGACCUCCACGACUCGGCGGGUCGGUCCAGAGCUUUCCAAACGCCUCUUCCUCAUGAUGAGCUCCUGUGAUCCAGAGCUGACACUUGACUCCACUGUCUGACCUAUGAUACGUUCCCGCCUAUUGAUUGUUUCAAAUCCUGUUCCCAACAGCUUUGGACUCUGGCUUUGUAUCAUAGUAUGGAAUAGUAUCGAUAGAACUGAUUUCAAUGUUGUCUUCAUUUUUAAUAUUCUAAUGUAUAGAUUAAAGUUCUAUGUGAGUAUAAUUUUAAA